GCUGUCUGCCGCGGAGGAGCCCGAGGAAAAGAGCCCCCAUCGCCGAUGGCCUUGGUCAGCUAUCGGUCAUGUGGAAGAGCCCCCAUCCCUGAAGGUCCCCAUCAGUUGUCUGCCACGUGGAAGAGCCCCCAUCCCUGAAGGCCUUGGUCAGCUAUCUGUCAUGUGGAAGAGCCCCCAUCCCCGAAGGCCUUGGUCAGCUAUCUGUCAUGUGGAAGAGCCCCCAUCCCCGAAGGUCCCCAUCAGUUGUCUGCCACGUGGAAGAGCCCCCAUCCCUGAAGGCCUUGGUCAGCUAUCUGUCAUGUGGAAGAGUCCCCAUCCCUGAAGGUCCCCAUCCCCGAAGGCCUUGGUCAGCCGUCUGCCCCGGAAGAGCCCCCAUCCCCGAAGGCCUUGGUCAGCUAUCUGUCAUGUGGAAGAGCCCCCAUCCCCGAAGACCUUGGUCAGCUAUCUGUCAUGUGGAAGAGCCCCCAUCCCUGAAGGUCCCCAUCAGUUGUCUGCCAUGUGGAAGAGCCCCCAUCCCUGAAGGUCCCCAUCAGUUGUCUGCCACGUGGAAGAGCCCCCAUCCCCGAAGGCCUUGGUCAGCCGUCUGCCGCGUAGAAGAGCCCCCAUCCCUGAAGGUCCCCAUCAGUUGUCUGCCACAAGGCCUCCAGAGAUGGCAAUAAAGUCACUAUAGGGGAA